AUGACUUCAACAAGUUAUCUAACUAAUGAACAUUUAAAUCCUAUAAAUGAUAAUUUCUCCAAUGAAUCAUUCAUACUACCGGAAGUUAUCAACUCUUUACCGAUUAAACGACUAUAUGAUUUUAAAUCAAAGAAAUUGAAAGAAUUGGUUAAAUUAAAUCAUGAAUUGAAUUGUGAAUUCGAUCAAGUCAUCCUUAAAGUGAAAUUAAUUGGCAUUGAUUAUAAUCAUGAUUUCAUCACAUCAACUAAUGAAAGUAAGAAUCGUCAUCCUCGUCAUUCUCAUUAUAAUAGAGAUCAUCAACCUAAUCCCAAACAAAUUGUUCCUGGGUUCAAAAUCAUUGGGAAAGUUCAUCAAUCAAGAUCAUCAUCAUUCUCAUCUACCGCAAAUAAGAAAUACUUGGUAUUCCCAUAUUCAAAUUGUUUACUACAAAAUCAAAAACAUCUAUGUCAACAAUGUCAAUUCCUUCUUAAUAAACAAAGUCAUAUUUCUUCGUCUUUUCCACUCAAUGAUUUCACCCCGUUACAUACUCGUUAUCAAUGUUUGAAUAAUAUCAUGUAUGGUAUCAACAUCGAUGGUGGAUUCCAAGAUUAUUUAAAGAUCUUACACCCAAAAGAUAGUCUUGUUGAGAUUCCCAAAAAUGUAAGUAUGCAUGAUUGUUUAUUCCUAUAUGAUAUAAUGUUACCAUUUUACUCCUUUUUACAAUCUUCAUCAUCAAAUAUGGAUAUUAUGCAUACGGGGAAAGUAUUAAUAAUCUUGAAUGAUUCAGAUAAAGAACUUAAUGAUGUUUUAAUAAUAUUGAAUCAUUUUAAACAAAUUGAUCAAUCCCAAAUCUCAAUUGUUGAUUAUUCUAAAAUCAAAUCAUCAAUGAUAAGUUCGAAAUAUCAUAAACGAUUCGAUCAAAUUUUAAUCUUUAAUAAACAACUCCAACUUCAAAAUGAUAAUGACACAAUGAAACUAAUUCAAUUAUUCCUGGCUUCAAAUGGCUUGGAAUCAACUAAAUCUCGAUAUAACGUGAUUAUAUUUAAUAAUCAUUUACAAACCAUUCCACAACUGAAUCAACUCCAACAACAUCAACAAGAUAAAGCGAUUCAUCAUUUCAAACUUGCAUAUAAGGAUAAACUUCAUCUUGAACAAGUAUUAUUGAUACUAUCGGAUUUGAAUUCAUCAUUUAAUUCUACUACUACUGAUGAAGCUAAUUUAUCAGCUUCAAGUACCAUAAAACCAAGAGUAUCGAUUGGAAGUAUGGAUUCAACCAUAUCAUCAUCAACAUCGACUUCAAGUGCAUCUAUCUCAUCUUCAUCGUUACCAAGUACACCUGUCAAUGAAUCCUCCCCAAAUUCCUUCUCAUCAGGAUCAUUCAAUGAAGAUAAUCAUCAUCAUCAUCAUAACCAUGGACAAACCCAUCAGAAUCAUCAGGGGAAGAAUUUACGAUUUAGAGGUACAGCAUCGAUCAUCAAUGCUUAUCCCAAAUCGAAGAAGAAGAUCACUCAUCAUUGGUUGAAUUGCGAUUAUGAUUUCGAUCUCGUGAAGUAUGAUGAAGAUGAAGAAGAUUAUAAUGAUAAUGAUGAUGAAUACAGUACCCGACAGUUGAUGUUGAAAAAGAGUCAUAAUAUCAAACAUAUUAAUAAAAUCAUCCGAACUGCUUCAACUGCUUCAAGAGUAUGUUACAAUAAUAAAAGUAAUCGACCUACCAAAUUAAAUGCAUUUAUAUUCUGUUAA